AUUGUGCUGACUAAGGUGGAAUGCCCGCCACUGUCUCGUGACCGGGUGCAGCUUUACUCAUGUGAUUCAUCGAGACGUGAUUCUACAGUUAACGUCGGCAAAUUAGAGAGGAAGAGGUAGAAUGACAUGGGACUCUGUGGCCUGUAUACGGAAGGAGACGAAAUCCGGCAGCCGAGUUCGGAGAAUUGAAAGUCCAUCUUUGUCAUGAAGCUCAUCAUUCUUGAUGACUAUGAUCAGGCAAGCGAAUGGGCUGCCAAAUAUAUCCGCAACAGAAUUGCUCAUUUCAACCCCGGUCCGGGCCGCUACUUCACACUGGGGCUACCCACAGGCAGUACACCACUGGGGUGCUACAAAAAGCUAAUCGAAUACUUCAAGGAAGGUGACCUAAGUUUCAAGUAUGUGAAGACUUUCAAUAUGGACGAAUAUGUUGGACUUCCAAGAGAUCACCCUGAGAGCUAUCACUCCUUCAUGUGGAACAAUUUUUUCAAGCACAUUGAUGUGUGUUCGGAGAAUGUCCAUAUACUGGAUGGGAAUGCCCCUGAUCUGCAAGCAGAGUGCAAUGCAUUCGAAGAGAAGAUCAAAGCCGCAGGAGGGAUAGAGCUUUUUGUAGGGGGUAUUGGACCCGAUGGACACAUCGCAUUUAAUGAGCCUGGCUCCAGCUUGGUUUCUCGAACCAGAGUUAAAACUUUAGCAAUGGAUACUAUUCUUGCCAAUGCCAGAUUCUUCAAUGGUGACCUUUCCCAAGUUCCUACAAUGGCACUGACUGUUGGAGUUGGAACUGUCAUGGAUGCUAGGGAGGUCAUGAUCCUCAUUACAGGGGCCCACAAGGCAUUUGCACUGUACAAGGCGAUAGAGGAAGGAGUGAACCACAUGUGGACGGUGUCUGCCUUCCAACAGCAUCCACAAACACUCUUUGUCUGUGAUGAAGAUGCCACCUUGGAGCUGAGAGUUAAAACAGUGAAGUAUUUCAAAGGGAUGAUGCAGGUUCACAACAAGCUGGUGGAGCCACUCUGUACUUUAAAUGGGAAAAUGAAUGAGGUGAAGUCAAAUUCUGAAAAGCCCUAUAGUGACUGAACUCCGGCUGAUGUGUCCC